CAAAGAAAGAAAUCAGAGAGAGAGAGAGAGAGAGAUAGAGAGAGAGACAAAGAGAUGGAUAGUGGGACGAUGAUGAUACGGAAGAAGGUGCAGAGGAAAUGCAAGAUAAGAGGAUACACUCUGAAAGUCGAUGCUCUCGAUGAGAUCCUCUCUUUCGUCAACCGUUUCCCAGGCGCUGAAGACGACGCCCUCGACCUCCUUCUCGACCAUCUCCUCGACCACGAUUCCUUGAAAUCUUCAAUAAUCGACAGGGAACCCGUGCACCGUGUCGUCACCCUUUUACUAGAAGCCGAAGCAGCCGUCGACGACGACGUUGACGACGAACCCACCGGUGGGCCCUCCUCCUCUUCCUCUGCUAUUCGCGUUGUUGAUGCCUUCUUCGUCCCCAAAUUUCGUUACGACCCCAUCAAAAAGAUUUUCUACGAGCACACGGGAAGUCUAGCAAUUCAUGGGGAAGCUUCUGCCAAAGCGGGUUUGUAUAGGGACCGCUUCCUAUUGCUGUUCCAGAGGCUUGCUCGCGACCACCAUUUUUCCAAGCCUGCGUUUGAUACUGAAAUUUCACAAGUUGGAAGUUGUGAGAUAUCUCCAAUUCAGUCUCUAGUUGGCCAAACUGGAAGAAGAUGGGUCAUGGGUGUGAUAUCUCAAUUGGAAGAUGGCCAUUAUUUCUUGGAAGACCUAACUGCUUCCGUUGAAAUCAGUUUAUCUAAUGCAAAGAUAACUACAGGGUUUUUCUCAGAGAAUACCAUUGUUGUAGCAGAAGGUGAGAUGCUCCUAGAGGGCAUAUUUCAGGUAAUUACUUGUGGAUUUCCUCCAUUAGAGGACAGAGAUAAGUCGCUCAAAUCACAAGCAGGACAUGACUUCUUCGGUGGUGGCAUACUAACUAAAGAAGAGACUCUCAGACUUGCAGAGUUUGAAAAGAGAGCAGUUAACGACAUGUUUGUCAUCUUCUCUGACAUUUGGCUAGACGAUGAAGAGGUUAUGGGAAAACUAGAGAUUGUCCUCGAUGGUUUUGAGAGUGUUGAGGUGGUUCCUUCCUUAUUUGUAUUCAUGGGGAAUUUUUGUUCUCACCCCUGUAACCUUUCCUUCCAUUCUUUCUCAAGUCUCAGAUCACAGUUCGGCAAGCUUGGGCAAUUGAUUGCAGCCCAUCCACGGCUGAAGGAACAUAGUCGAUUUCUUUUUAUUCCAGGACCUGAUGAUGCAGGUCCAUCAACAGUUCUACCCAGGUGUGCUUUACCUAAAUAUUUAACUGAAGAGCUUCAGAAGCACAUUCCAAAUGCCAUAUUUUCAAGCAAUCCUUGCAGAAUCAAAUUCUAUACCCAAGAAAUUGUAUUUUUCCGUCAGGAUCUGCUCUAUAGAAUGCGUCGCUCAUGUCUGAUGCCCCCUUCUAUGGAAGAAACUACUGAUCCUUUUCAGCAUCUUGUUGCUACCAUAAUUCAUCAAAGUCAUCUCUGUCCACUCCCUCUUAUUGUACAACCUAUUGUCUGGAAUUAUGACCACUGUCUCUAUCUCUAUCCUACUCCACAUACGAUUGUUUUAGGGGACAAAAGUGAGCAGAAGGCAUUCAAAUACACAGGAAUCACUUGUUUCAAUCCCGGUUCCUUCUCAAAUGACUAUACAUUUGUGGCAUAUCGACCUUGUACUCAUGAAGUUGAAUUGUCAGCCCUGUAGGCAUUUGUGAAAUGCUGCAUGAUUGUCAGUGAUGAAGGAAUCUGAGAAAGGUUUUCUACACUGUUCUUCAGCAGGCCAAUCUGAUUCAAUGCAUUCUAUGUGAUGUUAGGUGGAAUAGGAUUACAGCUCAAUUAUUCCAGUAUUUAAUUGAAAAUUAGCCCUUCAAUCACUAGAAAUUUGUGGUGUACAGAAGAUUAGGCAGUUGAUAGUUUUAAGUGGAAGCACAUCGUACUUCUGGGGUAGAAAAUACUGCUGGCAUGUAAAUAUUGCUUGUCAAAAUGAUUCAGUUCGUGCAUUCAUUAUGUCUCCUUUGUAAAAUCAUGCCUUCAACAAACAGUGUGGAAAAAUGGCAAUUCCAUCAAUUCACUAACGAAAUGAUUUAAAAUAUAAUAAGGAUUGUGGUGUCAACACACUAAUUAUUUAACU